CUGGAAAAUGUCGUUUCCACUGCCUCAAAGAAUGUCCCCUAGACUUUAGGUCUCAUUUCACACAUGGUGAAGCAGAAGCCCAAAGGGAGAAGUUAGUUCCCCAAGGCCAGGCAGAGUUCAAAGCGAACCAGAGUUUUGAUUUUGAGUCCAGUCAUCUCAGUGGAACACAAGGGGUUGUUAAAUAAUCAUCCAGCACGUUCAGUCAGACUUCUCUAGGAUCAGUCCUACCACAGGACAUUUGUGAGGGCAGGAGACACGUUUGCAAUGUGCUUCCGGUUUAAGCGUCUCUGUGCAGGCCUCUCGGCCUCAAGCGUUACCUUCCGCCUGGCUUCGUAGAAAGGAGUGGAUGUCCGUCCGGGAGAGUGUCUGGAAUUCAGUUCCGACCUCCUGUAAAAACACCCUCCAGGAACACUUAAACUUCCAAGCGCUGGGAGGCACCACAACACCACUUUAUCUAAAGGAGCGCAGGACGUCACCGACCGGAAGUCUUCUUGCCCCCAACAAAGAGGGCGCCCGGUCCGGUGAGCCAAUCAGAGCGCUCUAUGCAAGAUGGGCCUUUUACCAUCGCUGCCAGAUAGUCGUCGCCAAGAAAGCUGACGUAGCCAAUCAGCGCGGCCCUAAGUCGGCGUGCGUCUGGCGUCAGACGGGGGGGUGGAGCCAAGUUGGAAUUUUGGCGGGUCUGGCUGUAGGUCUGGAAGGGGUGCCGAGUAGGAUUCGACAUUCCUGCCAUCUCCUGGGCACUGCAUUCUCCUUUGAAGUUCUCUAUCACAACUGUUCUCUUGACAGCAUGGAUGGGGAGGAAGAUGAUUUGUCUCUGCUGACUGCAUUGCUGGAGGAGAAUGAGUUAGCCCUGGACGGUAAUUCAGAAGAGAGUCACCGCUUGACCCAGGAAAAUCGUGAACCUGAUGCAUUUGAUGAGCUCUUUGAUGCAGAUGAUGACGGUGAAUCUUACUCAGAGGAGCCUGCUGAUGGAGAAGUGGGAGAGACUGAGGACCGAAAGGAAAAUCUGGCCACUCUCUUUGGAGAUAUGGGGGACUUAACAGAUGAAGAAGAAGUUCCCACACCGCAGUCAACUAAAAACAGUGUCCCCACUGCUCCUGCUCCAAGUCAAGGGAAAAGUAAUCAAGAGUUGCAAGAUGAAUUAAAGAAGUUGCAAGAGCAGAUGAAAUCCUUACAAGAACAGCUAAAAAUAGCAACAAUUACACAGCCUGCAAGUCCAGCCCUUCUGCAUAAAUCUCCUGCUAAGUCCCCACGUCCCCCUCUAAAGGAGAAGAAAGUUCAGAGAAUUCAGGAGUCAACGUGCUUCGCUGCAGAGCUUGAUGUCCCUGCUCUACCGAAAACCAAGCGGAUGGCUCGGACUCCGAAGGUUUCACCUGCAGAGCCCAAAAGUUCGUCUUCAGGGACCACAAGUACACUUUCCCAACCACUCCGAACUACUCCUGGAAACAAACCUAGUGGGUUGACCAGAGGUCACAGCGCAGGGACCCCCAGGAGUUCUGGAGAACCACAGACCGUGAUCUCUGUGGAAGCCUCCUCGGGCCUGAGACUCAGGCGGCCUCGAGUGUCCUUCGCAGAGAUGAACAAGAAAAUGAUUGGCCGAAAACUGAUCAGACUUUCUCAGCUCAAGGAAAAGAUGGCAAGUGAGAAGCUGGAAGAAAUAGACUGGGUGACUUUUGGGGUUAUAUUGAAGAAAAUCACUCCACAGAGUUGUAAUAGUGGGAAAACAUUUAGUAUCUGGCGACUGAAUGAUCUCCGUGACCUGACGCGGUACGUGUCGUUGUUCUUGUUUGGAGAAGUUCACAAACAACUCUGGAAGACUGAACAGGGUACUGUCAUAGGGUUGCUCAACGCGAACCCCAUGAAGCCCAGGGAUGGUUCUGAGGAGGUGUGUUUGUCUGUUGAUCAUCCUCAGAAGAUCUUAAUCAUGGGUGAAGCUCUUGACCUGGGAACCUGUAAAGCAAAGAAGAAGAAUGGACAGCCGUGUACACAGACUGUUAAUUUGAACGACUGUGAGUACUGCCAGUACCACAUCCAGACCCAGUACAAGAAGCUCAGCGCCAGGCGAGCUGAACUGCAGUCAACCUUCUCCGGAGGACGAAUUCCAAAGAAGUUUGCCCGCAAAGGCACCGGCCUGAGAGAACGGCUGUGUCAGGAUGGUUUUUACUACGGAGGAGUUUCUUCUGCGUCGUACGCGGCCUCCAUUGCAGCUGCUGUUGCUCCUAAAAAGAAGAUUCAAACCACUCUGACUAAUAUGGUCGUCAAGGGGACAGACUUGAUCAUUCAGGAGGCCCAACAAAAGCUUGGAAUACAUCAGAAAAGCUUGUCUUGCUCUGAGGAAUUCAGGGAACUGAUGGACUUGCCUACAUUUGGAGCCAGAAACUUGAAACAACAUUUAGCCAAAGCCAGGUCAUCAGAGCUGACGGGGAGCCUGAAACCCGCUUUCCAGUCUGUCUCGGCGUCAGCCCUCUUGAAGCAGCAGAAACAGCACAUGCUGGAGAUGAGGAAAAAGAGAUCAGAAGAAAUACAGAAACGAUUUCUCCAAAGCUCAAGUGGGGUCGAAAGCCUGGCUGUGCCACCCACUUCUCAACGGGCCCCUUCUCGGUCUCCACAAAUGGGGGCUGAGUUCCCCAGCCUGGAAGGAACACCAGCCACACCGAUGCCCAAGCUUGGGCGAGGCAUCUCAGAAGGAGAUGAUGUUCUAUUUUUUGAUGAGUCCCCGCCACCAAGACCAAAACUGAGUGCUUUAGCAGAAGCCAAAAAGUUAGCUGCUAUAACCAAAUUAAGGGCAAAAGGUCAGAUUCUUACAAAAACAGAUCCCAACGGCAUUAAAAAGAAGCAGAAGGACCCCCAGGAUGUCCUGGAAGUGAAGGAACGUGUAGAAAAGAACAACACAUUUUCUCCUCAAGAUGAGUUGGAGCCUGCCAGGAAAAAAAGAAGAGAACAACUUGCCUACCUGGAAUCUGACGAAUUUCAGAAAAUUCUGAAAGCAAAGUCGAAGCACACAGGGGUUCUAAGAGAGGCAGAGGCUGAGCUGCAGGAACGCUAUUUUGAGCCACUGGUGAAAAAAGAACAAAUGGAAGAAAAGAUGAGAAGCAUCAGAGAAGUGAAAUGUCGAGUAGUAACAUGCAAGACGUGUGCCUACACCCACUUCAAGCCUUUGGAGACCUGCGUCAGUGAGCAGCACGACUAUCACUGGCAUGACGGCCUAAAGAGGUUUUUCAAGUGUCCCUGUGGAAACAGAAGCAUCUCCCUUGACAGGCUCCCCAAAAAGCACUGCAGUAAUUGUGGCCUCUUCAAAUGGGAACGAGAUGGAAUGCUAAAGGAAAAAACAGGCCCAAAGAUAGGAGGCGAAACCCUGUUACCAAGAGGAGAAGAACAUGCCAAAUUUCUGAAUAGCCUUAAAUAGCCCUAACUUCAAACAGACCCAGCUCAGCUGUCUAUAUGAGCCGCUUCAACACCCGCCUGUCAUCGCUCCCCUGAAUUCCUCCCAGCCUGUGACCAGCCCAUCAUCUAGCACCUUCACAGAGACUACAGACACUUCCUCUUUGUUCCAUGCUGGUAUCGUGGCUCUCCAGCCAAGAAGUGCCUGGAGGGCAGGGUCUGCCAUAUCUGUGCAGGGACAGGGGUAUUACUGAUAACCUGGGCCUGGAGUUGUUCAAUUCUCUGAACGAAGACUCUCUCUCUCUCUCUCUCUCUCUCUCUCUCUCUCUCUGGAUAUGAAACACAGAGCAGCUUUCUGGUCUCAGCAUGGGCUAUCUAGGAAAACGGAAGGGAAAGGAUACAUUGGCAAGGCCCAUGGAAGAACAUACAGGUGAGGUCUGUGGGAUAAGAAGCAUGAGCCAAGCUGCUCAGGGUCCCUGUCUGUCCAGGAAUCUGGUGAAUGUAUGGCUUAUAUUCUGAGUUCUCCGCAAUUCUGGGCGGCUCGGCAUGGCUUAAGGCAGACCCAGGGAGGAAAGGAACUGAGUCACCUCAGGAAGCCCACGCAGGGGCGAACCGUGCCAGAAGGAGACAGGCACACAGACCCCAGUCUUGCCAUCCUCGUGGGGAUGGCUUUGAAGCAAGCCUCUAUGGGUGCUCUGCUAGGCUAAGCCGUAUAUGACAGGCCUGGGAAACCAAAAGGACUGGAAAAGGACAGAUAAGAACCCUGGCCUUCUUCCUCCUAGUAGACGUCAAAAUGUAUCUUACUUGGAGAAAGAAAGCAUUGUCCUAUGUGAUGUCCCAGUUCCACCCCAGCCCUGGGGAAUGUAUUAGGAUGUAGCUUCCCUAAAGUUUGGAAAACACUCGCACUACAAGAUGCAAGGAUCCCAGGGUCAAAUAAGUUUGGGAACUACCAGACUAUCUCCCUCCUCUCCACCAGAUUCACAAUGCAGGAGCAUAUUAAAGGCUCUGACAAGUCCUACAGCUGGAAAACUGCUGCAUCCCUCCAAACUUAGUCGACCAUAUCAUCUUUAUUCAUGGAGCACCUGUUAACAUCCAGGACCUAUUUUGGGAAGAUCUGAAUUGGUUACUUUAUGGCAAGAGAGUCCAUAGUUAGAAUGUUAUUUGUCAAUAAUCCAAUUCCAUUUCCAAGAAAAAACAUAAUUUGGGGCACUUGGCUGGCUUAGUCUGUAGAGCAGGUGACUCUCGAUCUCAAGGUUGUGAGUUCAGGCCAUACACUGGGUAUAGAAAUUACUUAAAGAUAAAAUCUUUUUUUUAAAAAAGUCAUAAUUUCAUAAGUAUUACAUAUUUGGAACACUGUCCUCAAACAGUACAUUAGCCAAUUGGCAGAUUAUUAACUGGAAACAGUUUUGUUUUGUAUUGUGUUGUUUUAAUGACAGCAUAAUAAGUUGUGAGCACCAAAGUCAUUGAUACAGACAAAGAAUGGUCUAUGAAAGAGAGUGGUCGGGAUAGACAGGAAAGCUUUCGACAAAGCUCCAGUGUAGAGGAAGCUGCAAGUUUUGGAAGGAUGAACACAAACCAGGAGAAGCAUCCUAAACGGGUUAUUGGUCUUACCUUUUGAUAAAGCAAAAAAAAUCCAACAAAGGAAGGACAAAUAUACAUAUGGGCACACAAAAGAAGGAAAGUCAUGCCCUUCCUAUGUCCGACUUUGGGCCAAAUUGGAAAGAUUCUGAAUUUGGGGUCAUCUGUUCUGACCAGAGAGAAUGUCAGGGGAAAAUGACGUCUGGUCCUAUGACCUGGGCAGACUCCGAUUAACAUCCUUUUGAAAAACAGCCCCUUAGGGCAUGGAAACUCAAAAAUCAUUGUUCAUUUGUAUAUAGCCAAAGCCUCAGGCAUAUAACGAGUCUGUCCUAGAAACAGCAGCCCUUUUGCAUGCACACUAUGUUUUCAUGUCAUCAGUUCCCCAGACAUCUCUGGGAACUCAAGGCAAGUAGCAAGCUGCGGCCAUUGUUGCCAGGGCAGGAUCCUGCCCCAGCUCUCUGCUGCUGCUGGACAGUCCCCAAGGAAGGCUGACAUCCUUCUACCUAGCUCAGUUCAGCUCAUAUUUUGUUUUGAUUUGUUUCUUGUUUUCACUGAGGUUAAAACAAGGCAAGUAGCUUCUCUAAGAUCUUACAGUGUCAUAACAGCAUGAAUUGUCAGUGUGGGUGAAAUUAUUAACAUUAAAAAAGAAAAGAAGUCCCCCUGCCCCAAAUCUUUGCCACUUGCACUUUUUUGGCACAGCUGAUUCCAGGAAGAGCAGAUAGUGAUGGACAGGUAGAGAAGCAGCCUGGUGCUUGAGGCUCUCAUCCUUAUAGAGAUAGCUGAGGACCGCAGCGCCUGGGUGGGUCAAUCAGUUAAGUAUCCAACGUCAGCUCAGGUCAUGAUCUCGUAGUUCCUGAGUUCGAGCCCCGUGUCGGGCUCUGUGCUGACAGCUCGGAGCCUGGAGCCUGCUUCGGAUUCUAACUCCUUCUCUCUCUGCCUCUCCCCCACUCAAGAUCUGUCUUCCUGUCUCAAAAAUAAAUAUUUUAAAAAAUUUUAAAAAAAAUGAAAUCUACGUUAAAAAAAAUUAGCUGGGAACCGAGAGAAGCAGAGACCGGCUAUCAUGUGGCGCAAAGAGGGUAGGGACACAAUUCUCCAAGCAUAGGAAUAGCUGUUCAAGGAUAAGAUGAGAGGGAGCCAAUGUAUGGUUGGGUGUGGGUGUGUGUUGUGCCAGAACCAGAAUUAGUACAUUUGAUUCUCAGUACAACCCUCAACCCUGUGGCGGGGCAGUUAUCCCCAUUUCAGAGAUAACCUUUACGACUCAAAUUCUAGAGUGUGAUGAGCCAGCAAUGUAUAUGCAUUCCAGUUCUCUAAAUCUUCACCAACAUCUGAUGACGUUACUGUUUUUAAUUUAGCUGAAUGAGUGUUAAUAAAGUCAUAUUACGCUA